AUGGUAACAACACGCGUGAAUGCCGUUCCCGCGCUGUGUCCGCGAGAUCCCUCGGUGACUGGGUACAGCGACCUUUCCACCCUCCAAGACGAUAUUAACUUGGUCAAAGAGGAGAGUUCGACCAACACGUUCAACCCUCCUCCUAAUACUCAAGUAUUUACCAUUUGUCCCGGCACGACGUUUCGCUUGACGGGUGACGUUGAUAUUGGCAAUCAAGGACUGCACUUUGCCCAUUCCAGCAAUUUACCUCCCAUGGUACUCCAAUGUGGUCUACAAGGCAAAUCGUCCGACAGUUGUAUUUUACGCGGUGGAUUGCAUCACGUGUGGAUUGACAAUGUCGGUGCUCUCUCGUUUAAAGGCAUUACCUUUCAAGCCGCCACACGAGGCAGUGUCUGGAUGGGAACGGGUCAGAACGAAAUUGCCUUUGACGAUUGUAUUUGGCAAGACAAUACACAUGAAUGGACGGCUGUGGGAGGUGCCAAUUGUCCCAAUGGAUGUGCCGCCGCGUUAGCCGGUCGAUUCGGUGCUGCCAAUGUCACCAAUUGUCAGUUUCGAGACAAUCGCGGCAAAUCGGGAGCCGUCUAUGGAGAAGGAAUGGAAUAUACCAUGGACCGUUGUGUCUUUCAAGGAAACACGGGAACGUGGACAGCCAUGGAUGGACAACCAGCGGCCAGCGCCAUUACCCUGGUGAAUCCAUCAUCCAAAUUGGAACUAUCCAAUUCCUGUUUUACCGAUAAUGAAGCAUCGGGUCCGGCCACGGUCAAAGUCGAUGAUUCUUCCAAAGAUGGCACCACAGCCACUGUUUCAAGAUCGGAUACCGAUUCCACAUUGACAAUCAACAAGAAUAACUUUUUUCAAAACAACAUUGUGGCGACGUCCACGCAAGGACAGUAUUGUACCAAUUCCAUUUACGUCUAUUCGGAACAAAUGGAUGAUACCUGUGAAUGGGGCGAUGCCAGUUGUUGUGCCGUCGCAGAAGAUUGUGCGUCUGCCGUUGUUAGCAGCAGCACUACAUUCCCACCCGGGCAAACCAACAAUCGCGAUAUUUUUGAACCAACCGAGGAGAGUGGCGCUCCUUAUAAUAGCCAUGCAGCAAGAUGGAUGUCGGGUCUUGGGAUGGUACUUGGCUGGACACUCUGGUGGGUGUGA